UCGGCUGCUGUGAGCGGCAGUGUGGCAAGGUGUGCCGAUGUGAAGCACAGAUGCUAAGUGGUUCUGACAGUUCCAGACGCAGACCUUAGCCAGACGGUGGCGGCGAACUGAAUGGAUAGCUUCACUUAGCACGAAGUGUCCGGAAGGGGCAUCGAUAUUGUCCGAUUUUAGUAGGGGAACAAACCCUUGCUGACAGCAGGCGUCUGGUCGUCCGCUAGAUCUAGCCUUCCCCACUUACCUUUGAUUGUUCACCGGUAUUGCCUUCUCGAGAUGGGAUUAUAGGGUGCGAGUAGGCCAUCAACUGUGCUUGUCAGUUUUUUGUACACCCAUGCACUGUGAUCAACAGUUUAAGCUAAUACUUUUCUGCCGGGGUUGGGUGUGGUUGAAGGCGUAACCGUGCUGUGCCAGUGCUAACUGCUACAAUGUUGAACGCGUAGUUCCUCGUAUAUCUGUGCUGAAGACUGGACAGUGUCCCAGCACAAACCAUGUCAGCCAGCCUUUUACACAUCGGUGAUAUCGUUUCACUGUAUGCAGAGGGAAGUGUAAGUGGAUUUAUUUCCACCCUAGGGUUGGUGGAUGACCGCUGUGUUGUUCAACCAGAUGCAGGUGACCUCAGCAACCCUCCCAAGAAGUUCAGAGACUGUCUCUUCAAGCUAUGUCCUAUGAACAGAUACAAUGCACAGAAACAGUUCUGGAAAGCAGCGAGACAAAAUGCUACAAGUGCAACAGAUGCUGUUUUGCUGAAGAAACUUCAUCAUGCAGCAGAAUUGGAGAAGAAGCAGAAUGAGUCUGAAAACAAGAAAUUGCUUGGGAGUGUAAUACAGUAUGGCAGCGUGGCUCAGUUGUUGCACUUAAAGAGUAACAAAUACUUAACUGUAAACAAAAGGUUACCAGCCCUGUUAGAGAAAAAUGCUAUGAGAGUAUCCCUGGACAGUUCUGGAAAUGAAGGUUCCUGGUUUUACAUCACGCCUUUCUACAAACUGCGGUCUCCAGGGGAUAACGUAAUAGUUGGGGACAAGGUUGUGCUGAACCCGGUGAAUGCAGGCCAACCACUCCAUGCCAGUAACUGUGAUCUUAUAGACAACCCAGGAUGUAAAGAGGUUAAUUGUGUAAAUUGUGCAACAUGUUGGAAAAUCACAUUGUUUAUGGAUCAUCGAGAAAAUCAGGAUGAGGUCCUCAAAGGGGGAGAUGUUGUGCGGCUAUUCCAUGCUGAGCAGGAAAAGUUUCUGACAGGAGAUGAGUACAAAAAGCGACAGUACGUUUUCUUAAGGACGACUGGGAGGACAUCAGCCACUGCUGCCACCAGCUCUAAGGCAUUGUGGGAAGUUGAGGUUGUUCAACAUGACCCCUGUCGCGGAGGUGCUGGUCACUGGAACAGUCUCUUCAGGUUCAAGCAUUUGGCAACAGGACAGUAUUUAGCAGCAGAGGUGGACAAUGACCCAACACCUGAUGCCAUGAGGAAUAAGUUACGUGGUCCCUCAGGGAGUCCUGUGUACUGCCUUGUUUCUGUACCUCAUGGUCAUGACAUUGCUUCCAUAUUUGAACUUGACCCCACAACAAUGACAAGAGGUGACUCUUUGGUCCCAAGGAAAUCAUUUGUCCGUUUACGACACCUGUGCACCAACACUUGGGUUCACAGCACAUCAAUACCAGUGGAUAAAGAUGAAGAUAAACCAAUUAUGAACAAAGUUGGUUGUGCUUCAAUUAAGGAGGAUAAAGAAGCAUUUGCUAUUGUUCCUGUGUCUCCACAAGAAGUAAGAGAUUUAGACUUUGCUAAUGAUGCCAGCAAGGUGCUUGGCAGUAUAGCAAACAAACUGGAGCGGGGCUCCAUAACACAGAAUGAAAGAAGGUUAGUGACCCAGCUGCUAACAGAUCUGAUGUAUUUCUUGGCGGAGUUGGAGAACACAGGAAAAGAUCCUCUGGAAAUUACCAUUAACAAACCUGAUCGAGAAAGGCAAAAACUUUUGAGAGAGCAAAAUAUCUUAAAGCAGGUGUUUAAAAUUUUACGAGCCCCUUUUGAUGACCAUGGGGAUGGGCCGAUGCUUCGAAUGGAGGAACUAGGAGACCAAAGACAUGCCCCUUUUCGGCAAAUCUGUAGAUUUUGUUACCGUAUCUUGAAACUGUCCCAACAGAAUUAUCGGAAAAAUCAGGAAUACAUUGCAAAGAACUUCCCAUUUAUGCAGAGGCAAAUAGGUUAUGAUGUUCUUGCAGAGGACACCAUUACUGCACUGCUUCACAACAACAGAAAGCUGCUUGAAAAACAUAUCACUGCCUCAGAAAUUGAAACUUUUGCUAAUUUGGUUCGAAAAAACAAGGAACCCAGGUUUUUGGAUUACCUUUCUGACCUUUGCGUCUCAAAUGGAGUUGCAAUCCCCAUAACACAGGAGCUAAUAUGCAAAUGCAUUCUUAGUGACAAAAACUCUGACAUUCUGCUUGAAACAAAGUUGGUUCGCACACAGGUCGAGGUUGAAAUGGAAGUGGAAAGCCCAGAUGAUGAUGGUCCAGCGGAACCUAUCAUCACCAUUGAAGAAGAAGAAGAGGUGGUCCUCUUCUGGGAAAACGGACACAAAAACAAAGGCAUCCGAGAAUUGGCCAUGGGAGCUGCAGAAAAAAUCAAAGAUGACAAAGAAAUUCUGAUUUAUUACAGGCACCAGUUAGACUUGUUUUCACACAUGUGCUUGGAUAGGCAGUACCUAGCCAUCAAUAUUCUCUCACCUCAGCUGGAUAUUGAUCUGAUUCUCAGGUGCAUGUCUGACGAGAUGUUACCAUAUGACCUCAGAGCAUCUUUCUGUCGCCUGAUGCUGCACAUGCACGUUGACAGAGAUCCACAGGAGCAGGUGAAACCUGUAAAAUACGCUCGUCUCUGGUCAGAAAUCCCAUCACAGAUCUCCAUUGAUGAUUAUGAGUCCAAUAGCAGUAAAGAUCCAGUGAAGGAGGCUGUCAAACCAAAAUUCUCCUCCACGAUACAGUUUGUAGAGGAUUACCUGUGUAAUGUGGUCAGCCACUCGUGGUCGUUCUCCGACCGGGAGCAAAACAAACUUACCUUUCAGGUGGUCAACUUAGCUCGCCAUCUAAUUUACUUCGGGUUUUAUACCUUCAGCGAUUUGCUGAGGCUGACUAAAACAUUACUAGGCAUCUUAGAUUGUGUACCAGAUACAACACCAACUCAACCCACUGCUAAACUUCCAGUUGAAGCUGCCGUUAAACCUGUGACUGCUGCAACAGAGGACACAGUUGUCAUGGACACAAAACUUAAAAUAAUAGAAAUACUACAGUUUAUUUUGAAUGUUCGUCUGGACUAUCGUAUCAGUUCUCUGCUGUCGAUUUUCAAGAGAGAUUUUGAUGAACACAAUCUUCCCAGAGACACUGAUGGGCUGGAUCUGGAUAACAUUGGGUCUCAGGCUGAAGACAUUUUCGGUGGCAGUGCUGAGACGGCGGAGUUGGAUCUGGAUGGGCAGGGUGGGAAGAUGUUCCUGAGGGUUCUGCUAAAUCUGGUCAUGCACAACUACCCGUCAUUGGUCUCUGGGGCUCUCCAGCUGCUCUUCCGGCACUUCAGCCAGAGACAAGAGGUUCUACAGGCAUUCAAACAGGUACAGCUGCUGGUCACCACAGCAGAUGUGGAUAACUACAAACAGAUCAAGGCAGAUCUGGAUGACCUUCGCCUUAUGGUGGAAAAGUCAGAAUUGUGGGUGGUAAAGACCAAAGGUGAAAAUGGUGGCAAGAAGAAGAAAAAGUCAGACAUUGAGGGUGCCAGUCUUUGUUCUCAGGAUAGCAAGAAAGAUCCAAGCAAAAGUCAGAGUGACUCUGAACCAGAAAAGGAGAAGAAAAAGAGUAAAGGGUUACCGUCAUGGAACAUUACCCUGUCCAACGAUCAGGGAUCAGCCAUUGAUCUUGACCUUGGGCAAGCUAUUGAUCCCACACAUUCCAAAAACUACAAAACCAUCAAAUCGAUUUUGCUGAGAUUGACCUACCUGUGUGUACAAGAUGGAGGAGAGUCUAGUACUAAAAAACCACGGAAACAUGAACAGCGACUUCUGAAGAACAUGGGAGCUCACUCUGUCGUUCUUGAACUCCUUCAGAUUCCAUAUGACAAGGCUGGAGAUGUCCGCAUGCAUGAGGUCAUGAAAUUAGCUCAUGAAUUUCUCCAAAGUUUUUGUCUGGGAAAUCAGACCAAUCAGGGGCUUUUGUACAACAGCCUUGACCUCUUCUUGACCCCAGGGCUUUUGGAGGCGCAGACUAUGCGGGCUAUUUUCCAGGACAACGUGUCCUUGUGUAACGAGGUCACUGAUCGUGUUGUCCAGCACUUUGUUCAUUGUAUAGAGACUAAUGGCCGCUAUGUCCAGUACCUGAAGUUUCUGCAGACUAUCGUGAAGGCUGAGGGACAGUAUAUCAGGCGCUGUCAGGAUAUGGUAAUGGCAGAGUUGGUGAAUGUAGGAGAGGAAGUACUGUUGUUCUACAAUGACAAGUCCUCCAUGCAGACGCUGAUCGAUCUCAUGCGAUCAGAGCGUUACCGUCAGGAAGAGUCUUCUCCCUUGGUGUACCACAUCAACCUGGUACAGCUCUUGGCCCUGUGCACUGAGGGAAGGAACGUGUACACAGAGAUCAAGUGUCACUCGCUACUCCCACUUGAUGACAUCGUUGCUGUGGUGACAAAUCCAGAUUGUAUACCAGAGGUUAAAGCUGCAUACAUCAACUUCCUGAACCAUUGUUAUGUAGACACUGAGGUAGAGAUGAAGGAAAUCUAUGCCAGCCAUCAUAUGUGGGUCCUGUUUGAAAAUUUCCAAGUGGACAUGGGUCUGGUGGGCAAUGCCACUCAUGACCGACGCCAUGCAGACACAGUCCUGGAAAACUAUGUGACUUGCACUGUCAUGAACAUCAUUACCACCUUCUUCAGUUCAAGGUUCUCAGACCAGAGCACCACAGUUCAGACCCGCCAGCCUGUUUUCGUACAGUUACUGCAGGGAGCUUUUAGACUAUCUCACUGUUCAUGGCUUACUGGAACUCAAAAGUAUCAUGUGGAGAACUGUAUUAAAACACUGUCAGACAUCGCCAAGAAUCGAGGGAUAGCCAUUCCUGUUGAUCUGGAUAGUCAGGUGAACACACUGUUUGAGAAGUCCCAGAUUGUGAUGAAACAUACCCGGCAGUGGUUGACAGCAGGAAGAAACCGCAAAGAAUCCACUGUCCUGAUCUCCAGGGAUUACCGCAGUAUUAUUGAGGGGCUUCAGGAUAUUGUGACGCUACUGGAGGAACAGUUGCGUCCCCUGGUUCAAGCUGAGUUGUCAGUCCUCGUAGAUGUUUUACAUCGACCAGAAUCUCUCUUCCCUGAUGGAACGGAUGCUAGAAAAAAGUGUGAAAGUGGAGGAUUUAUAUGCAAGUUAAUUAAACAUACAGAACGUUUGCUGGAAGAAAAAGAAGAAAAACUGUGCAUAGAAGUGUUGCAAACCCUAAAAGAAAUGAUGACAGUUGAUAUUGAUUAUGGGGAAAAGGUUGACGUGAAGAUGCUUACUAAGAAGGAGCUAGACGAUCAUCGCAGGGGAGAGGCUCUCCGACAAAGUUUGCUGACUCGAUACUAUGGCCGCACAAAUCCUCGUUCCCGGCGAGAGAGUACUAUAGGUGGGACGGGUACCAAGGGUCCAAGUGGCACAGGUCCAGGUGCACAGAUGCUCAGCAGAGCAGAAAUGACACUGCAUGAAGUUCAGUGUCAUCUGGACAGAGAAGGUGCCUCUGACCUUAUUGUUGACCUUGUGAUAAACAACAGCAGCAACAGAAUCUUUUUGGAGACAGUAGAACUGGGAAUAGCUCUCUUGGAAGGGGGCAAUAGUGUCAUACAGAAAUCAAUGUAUGGCCGAUUAACCAAGGACAAGAAUACAGAAAAGUUUUUCAAAGUGUUCUAUGACCGGAUGAAAGAGGCCCAAACUGAAAUUAAGAAUACGGUCAGCGUUAACACAGGAGACAGCAUGAGUGGAAAGUCAAGCUCUGAUGACAACAAGGAUACACCCAAAAAAGAUAUACAUGCUGGCAGAGGCAGUAAAAAUAGACUGAAUGGGCCUGUAUUAACUGACGAUAUGAAAGAACAGCUUGAUAGUGCUGCAUCACACACAAGCCGUGCAUUGGCGUCCAUUAGGAGAAACCGUGCGCAUGAUGAACCAUACGACUCAAGACAGCAGACUGUGCCUGUAGAGGAUAUGAGUGUGGAGAAAUCCUCUAAAGAGAAAGAGGACAAGAAGAUGUCACCUCACAUAACCAUUAUGCAACCUAUCCUCCGAUUCCUCCAGCUUCUUUGUGAGAACCAUAACAGAGAUUUGCAGAACUAUUUGAGGAACCAGAAUAGUAAGACAAACUACAACCUGGUGUGUGAGACUCUUCAGUUUUUGGAGUGCAUCUGUGGCAGUACCACUGGUGGGCUGGGUCUUCUUGGAUUAUACAUCAACGAAACAAAUGUGUCACUUGUGAACCAGACACUGACGAGUCUUACAGAAUAUUGCCAAGGACCUUGCCACGAGAACCAAAAUGCUAUUGCAAUGCAUGAAAGUAAUGGAAUAGACAUCAUUAUUGCUCUACUCCUCAAUGAUAUCAACCCCCUUGGAAGGCAACGAAUGGACUUGGUGCUUGAGCUAAAGAACAAUGCUUCAAAGCUAUUGCUGGCUGUCAUGGAGAGUCGACAUGAUAGUGAAAAUGCAGAGAGAAUCUUGUACAAUAUGAGCCCAAAGCAGCUGGUUGAUGUGGCUAAGCAGGCGUUCCAUUCAGAGGACACGGAAGAAGAAGAUGAAGGUGAAGAAGAUAGUGAAGAAGCAUCUCCAAAAGCUGUUGGACAUAACAUCUAUAUUCUGGCACAUCAGCUUGCUCAACACAACAGAGAUUUGGCAGAGCUGUUAAAGCCAAGCGGAGGGGAUUCAUACGGGGACCAAGCCCUGAGAUUCUAUGCGAAGCAUACAGCCCAGAUUGAAAUUGUGCGACAUGACCGCACCAUGGAGCAGAUUGUGUUUCCAAUCCCAGAGAUUUGUGAGUAUUUAACAGAAGAGACGAAAAUGAAGGUGCACCACACCGCAGAGAGAGAUGACCAAGGCAGCAAGGUCACUGACUUUUUUGAUCGCCACGAAGACAUGUUUGCAGAGAUGAAGUGGCAAAAAAAGCUUAGAGCUAACCCGGUGCUUUUCUGGUUCAGUAGCCAUAUGCAACUAUGGAGUGGAAUUUCCUUUAACUUUGCUGUACUCAUCAAUUUGCUGGUUGCUGUGUUCUAUCCGUUCAACGAUACCAAAAAAGAACUUGACUCCAGGUUAUCAGGCUUGGUGUGGACUGCCAUGCUUGUUUCCCUUGCUAUUGUAAUCACGUUACCAAGGCCUGCAGGAAUAAGAACUCUUAUAGCCUCCACUAUUUUACGCCUGAUAUUUUCGGUUGGUCUUGAACCAACACUUUGGCUUCUGGGAGCCAUGAAUGUAAUCAACAAAGGUGUUUAUCUGGUCAGUUUGAUGGGAAACCGAGGAACGUUCACAAAACCAAUAGGCCACAUUCUGACAGACUUUGAGUUCAUGUACCACGUGUGCUACCUUCUGCUGUGCAUGUUAGGACUGUGCGCCCAUGAGUUUUUCUACAGCCUCCUGCUGCUGGAUGUGGUGUACAGGGAGGAGACUCUGCUGAAUGUGAUGAACUCUGUGACACGUAAUGGUCGUUCCAUUCUCCUCACUGCUCUGCUCGCCGUCAUUCUCAUCUACCUCUUCUCCAUUAUUGGCUACAUCUUCUUCCAAAGUGAUUUUGAAAUGGAAGUUGAUGCUCUUCCAUUAAAACCACGUGAAGUGGUAGUAUCUAACCUGACAGGCACAUGCUCAGCAGCUGACAACUGCACAGAAAAUGCCACAUCUGUCUUCCACUCGGAAUCAACUGAUGCAGUGGCACUUCAGGAGGAUGACGAUGGGGAUCCAACAAAGGAGAGAGCGUGUGAUUCCUUAAUCAUGUGCAUUGUAACAUCUUUAAACCAAGGUCUUCGUAAUGGAGGAGGGAUUGGAGAUGUCCUGAGGCAGCCCAGUAGUAAGGAGCCACUCUACAUCGCCAGAGUCAUAUAUGAUCUUCUCUUCUUCUUCAUUGUCAUCAUUAUUGUACUUAACCUCAUUUUUGGUGUCAUCAUCGAUACCUUUGCUGACCUAAGAAGUGAAAAACAGCAGAAAGAAGAGAUUCUGAAAAAUACAUGUUUUAUCUGUGCAUUGGAUAGAUCUGCUUUUGACAACAAGUCUGUGUCCUUUGAGGAACAUUGCAAGUCAGAACACAACAUGUGGCACUACCUGUACUUCAUUGUGCUGGUGAAGGUGAAGGACCCCACCGAGUUUACAGGACCAGAGAGCUAUGUGUAUGCCAUGGUUAAGGACAAGAAUCUGGACUGGUUUCCACGGAUGCGGGCAAUGUCUCUGACUGCAGAAGAAAGUGAAGGUGAACAGAAUGAGCUGCGGAACUUGCAGGCUCAGCUGGAGAGCACAAACAAACUGGUGCAGACACUGUCAGGACAACUGGCUGAGCUGAAGGAACAGAUGACAGAACAAAGAAAACAGAAACAAAGAAUAGGCUUGCUCAAUACUACAACAAACUACAACAGUUUCUAGAUGUUAUUGGAUUGCCAUCAACAGGACAAUUCAUCAUUAUCUGUGAUUGGUGAAGUUUGCUUGAUGUUCUGAUUUGACAGAGAUAAACUGAAGGUUGUGCUUACAUUAGGACAUCCCUGAAAAAAGCGUCAUUCCAUCCAGUAACGACAAAUAGUAUUUUUGAAAGCCAUUACAGCAAUUUCAAAAGAAAGUAUCCUAAACUUGCCAGAUAGUGUGUCUAAGAUCUUGCGUAUAGAUGUAGGCAGAUGCAUGAAAGUCCAAGCAAUAAUAUUUAGAAACAAUAGCAUAUAUACAACAGGAAAGAACAAAACAAAUGCUGGUUUAAGUUAAUUUAAAUGCACAGCAGGGAGAAUUUGCAAAAAGGAUCGUAGUGUACAUGUACAUGUAGCUAGCAGAUUUCCUGUAUACACUUGUACAUGUGUAACCAGCAUUACUAUUAUGCGAUACACUAACAUGUAUGUAUGUAUGUAUGUAUGUAUGUACAUUUACAAGAUACCUGUUUUUAAUGUCACAGUGAAACUAGGAACUGAUCUUAUCCCAGAUAUACACAUGCACUAUCAUGUUUAGUAUGUUAAAUGACCUAAAAAACUUUCACCAUGACUAAGAUCCUCUUCUUGUCUGAUCCUGAGAGUUCUGCUGGUGUUAAAAAGGUGUGAAAAAUUGUAAGCUUGACCACCAGGUGGAAUAUUUUAUAACAUUUAUCUGCAUUUAAAAAUUCAUUUUUUGUGUGAAAUUUUAACUCAUUCAACAUAAUUUGCAUUACCAGCAAUUUUGCACAAAUUUUUUUGACAUGCUGUGUCUUAAAUGGUUGUGUUUAUAAACACUAAUGGUGGUGCUGUCUGUCAUCAAAGUGAUUAUUUUAAUCUGUGAACUUGGUGUACUUUACAGUUCUGUUUUUGGAUAAAUGUCAUGACUGUAACUACUGUACUACUGUUAACAUCUCAAUGUCAUGUCUUAUAGUCUCAUCCCAUAAGGUUUAUAGUUUUAACAGAUAAAAGACAUAACUACAGUUACAUGUGCUCAUACUUCCUCACUAUUAUUAUUAUGAAAAAGAAGAAAAAAUUUCGCUGAAAUAAGGAAUGUGCUUACAAUGUACCUUUGACCAGCAGUUAAAAGCAUUUUACAGUAAAAGCAUCCUUUGACCAUCGUAUACAGAAUGUUACAAAUGUAAGCAUGAAAAAAUUCAAAGUUGUAUGAUUUAUGUUUUGGUUUUUUUAUUUAGGUCUUCAACCAAUUUAUUUUUUAGAUAUGUUUAUUUGAAAUUAAUCUCUAAAUUAAGGGUAUAUUGUUGCACAGAGUUACAUAACAAGUAAGACAUCUGUCUUCAAAACUUGUGGGUCUUGUUUUCAUUUAAAAUUGUUACAGCAGUUACACUGUGAGUAAUUCUGAUACAUUGUGAAAAAUUAGCAUUAAUGUGUUUCAUCAGUUAUUUCAUAAUUAUGGCAUGCAUUGAUCUGUAUAGUAAUGUGAAUGUUCGUUUGACUUAACUGAGCAUAUAUAAAUACAUGUACCUAAUACCACAAGCAACUGAUAAUGGCUCUGCCAGAGAUUGUGAGAUUAGCAGGCAGUAUUACAUAUUUGAGGUUGUUUUUAAGUGCCACUCUGAGUAUUUUUCCUUGGAGAAGAAGACAUCCUAAAUUUAUAUGCACAGAUGCAUAUUCCAGAUAGAUUAGACGUGUAUUUUUAUGAGUAAAAUGUCUUUAGUGGAAACAAGGCUACUAUAAAUGGUUGUGAUCAGUAUAAAGCAAUACAUAGUAGUGUGAUACAUGUAUGUAUUUGCUUUGUAUGGACAUUAAAAACUAGUGCUGUAUGGAAGCCCAGUAUCCCGCCUGUGCAAAUGUUGUAUAUGUUGCAUUUUUUUUUUUCACAAUAUUUGCUCGAUUUUUGUGCCUUGCCAUACAGUAAUCUUUGAUUUUCAUUCUUAUCUUCAAGCCAGUGAAAGAUGUUGAACUGUCAGCUGCAGUUUGUUGCUAUCUUGCAAUUUUUUUUUCCUGGCUAUAAUGGUUCAAAAUGGCAGUACAUGUUAUUUGUAUUCAAAGAAAAGGUCAUAAUUUUCUGUAAAAUAUUUCCAGUUAUAUUUAUGCAUGGCAGCAUGACUAGACUGCAAGGUUUAACUGUUUAAUACUACAUGUAUGUUCGCUUAGGGUCAUAGCCUGGACAAUAAUCUUGGCACAAAUAUUGUAUGUUUCUUUUUAUGUAACUUUGAUGUGCAUGUAAGCAGUGUUUUAAAAGCUUUAGCCAUUUUAGAAAUAUUUUCAUGAACUUGUGGUUUAAAUAUUCACCCACCCUGGCAGAGAGUACAAUAGUUUGGAGCAAUACACGUAUAUUCUGCCAGUAUCAUGUGUUCAAGAUGCAUAACUUUAGAUAUUCAACAUUUUGAUGUUAUAUUUAUCAAGUGUAGUUUUUGUUUAUAACAUUUAUUUACAUGCAUGUACUUACAUAUUUGACAAAAUGUACUGAAGAUCAACCCCUGUGAUAUUUGUGAUGUUACCAAAGUGUAAUAUGUCAGCUUCAAGUUCAGGUGCAGAUUAAUUAUUUCAUAUUAUACCAGCAUAAUAGUGAGCUUAAAGUAAAUAUAAUGAUAGUAAUUGAUAAUCUGAGAUUUUUCUUUCGGUACAUUUCUCCAUGCUCACUACAUUAGAAUUAUUAUUUAAACAAAUAAUUGUUCUAGCUAUACUAUAGGCCUGACCUUUCUGUCUAGAUUUUGUGAAAUUGUUGUCUUUUUAUAUUCUUUACAAAUGUUAAACUAAAUAGAAUAAAUAUAGACUACAGUUAGAAACAUUGUUGUCUGAGGUUUUUUUUAGUUUGCCUGCAUCCAAUGUGAUUGUUUUGAUUUCACCAUAUAUUUCAAGCUACAAAUUCUUUGAGAGAUUUAUUUGCCCACUACAGGAACUUGCAGUUUGUUCCUUAGCAUAAACUCCAAGCUACAGAGUUAGUCAAACAUCUUAAUGCCUGCUACAUGGAUUUGCCAUUAUUUACUAGUAAUCUGUAUGCUCAUUAUGUUAGAAUUAUUAUUCAACCAAAUAUUCAGUCAAAUAAUUGUUCACCCAGGAUCCCACCAAUGCGGUCGCCUUGAGUUCAAGUCCAGCACAUGCUGGCUUUCUCUUCAGUGGUAUGAGGGAAAGUCAGUCAGAACCUGCAGACAGUUGUGAGUUUCCUCCAGGCUCUGUUCGGUUUCCUC